GCAGGACUGGUAGAGUCAUGAUGUCGAUCGGCUACAGAUUGCUUUCGCUCCUUGUCAUCGUCGUUGGGUCGACGCUGACUUUCUCUGCAGCACAAGGCCUCGACCAAGAAUGCAGGCUGCUGUCUGGAGGUCCUGGCGUGUGUCGGAGGAUCACUCAGUGUCCGGAAGUAGCUCAGUUUGCCAGCAGGCGUGAAGUAAAAUACUGCGGUACACUUGGUCGACUCGCCAUCGUCUGCUGUCCUCGGGAUUCCACCUCAUGUUCCAGCACAGGGAAUAACGACGGCGUCGCUGCGCCGGUAGUUAAUUUUGAGUGCGGACGCCAAGCCUCAAGGACCCUGUCGCCCUUCGGUGCUACUCUGUCCCGCCGCCGUCGCCAGAGUCUCUUCGGCCAAAGUAUCGGCAUCGGACCCUCAAAGGCCGUGCAGUCUGUGGCUGGCGGCGAAACGUCCCUGGUCAGCGCCUGGCCGUGGAUGGCUCUCCUCGGCGAACUGGACAGCACCAAGACUCCAGACUGGUUCUGUGCAGGCUCCCUGAUCAACGACCAAUGGAUCCUCACUGCUGCUCACUGCUUGGAUUCCAGAACACCAAGCAUCAUACGACUCGGAGAACACGACUACGACGACCCGAGCGACACCGAACACGAGGACUACGGAAUCAGCCAAAUAGUCGUCUAUCCGCACUACGUCUCAGAACAAGCUUAUCACGACCUCGCACUCAUCAAACUUAGCAAGAAGGUUCAGAUAAAGAACUUCAUCCGACCUGUGUGCCUGCCGUGGAACCAGCGUAGUCCCUCUCGACUUGUGAACAGUAAAAUCACUGUCACAGGCUGGGGAAAUACUCAAGCAGGCGGCCGCAGGAGUCCGGUGCUGCAGGAAGUUCAGGUGAAUGUGUUCCCUUCGUCCACCUGCCAUGCACAGUACAAGAAUCUGGUGUUCUUCAAUAAAGUUUGGCCUUCUGGAAUCGGCGAAGAGACCAUGUGUGCUGGCACUACUGCAGGGGGCAAAGACGCUUGUCAGGGUGACUCUGGCGGUCCGGCUGUGCACUUCGAAUGCAAUCGAUACACACUGGCGGGGGUCAUCUCCCAGGGCUACAACUGUGGCCUCCGGGAUUACGCCGGCCUCUACGUCAACAUCCGGCAACUGUUCUAUCUCCAAUGGAUCAAACAGACCGCGUUUUAAGGUCGGUUGUGCUGAUGCUCAUGGAUGGUGCUACGGAUUCUUGGCAAUACUUCUGACCCUAUUUUGAAAACACAUUAUACAAAUAGAAUAACUAAAAUUGGUUUUAACAAUCAAUUCUCCGAAACUGAAAAAAAAAUCUGUCUCCAGUGAGUUAAAGGAUUUUUUUUUUUCAUGUAUAUGAAUUUAACUGUUAUUAAAAAUCAUUAAAAUUAUAUUGUACCGUUUUUAUUUGCUGUACAUCGGAUUGAUAAAAGUAAA